AUGUUCGGCACUACAGGGAAAUCCAAGCGGAGAAAGUUUUUGAACGACGGCGUGUUCAACGCCGAGCUCAACGAGUUCCUGUCCCGCGUGUUGGCUGAGGAUGGCUACUCCGGCGUGGAGCUCCGCAUCACGCCCGUCCGCACCGAGAUCAUCAUCAAGGCCACGCGUGCCCGCGAGGUCGUCGGCGAGAAGGCGAGGAGGAUCCGCGAGCUGACUUCGCUCGUUCAGAAGCGGUUCAACUUUUCUCCUGACACCGUGGAGCUGUACGCCGAGCGCGUGGAGCACAAGGGCCUCUGCGCCAUGGCCCAGGCCGAAUCGCUCAGGUACAAGUUGCUGAAGGGUCUCGCCGUGAGGCGCGCGGCCUACGGUGUGCUCAGGCACAUCAUGGAGUCUGGCGCCAAGGGUUGCGAGGUCAUCGUCUCCGGUAAACUGCGCGCGCAGCGUGCCAAGAGCAUGAAGUUCAAGGACGGCUACAUCAUCUCCACUGGUCAGCCCGCCCAGACCUUCGUGAGCACCGCCACCCGCUCCGUACAGCUCAGGCAGGGCGUGCUGGGCAUAAAGGUCAAGAUUAUGCACCCCCACGACCCUGAGGGACGUCUCGGCCCGACGACUAUCAUGCCUGACACCAUCACGGUUAAGGAGCCCAGCCCGGAGCUGGAGUACUCCAAGUGA